AUGUUUACCACACACAUAAGACACAUACGAUCCUCUAACAUACUAAAAAGAUCACUCAAUACCUCAAAGGUUUGGCAAAAUGCAUCAGAGGUGAAAACAGCCCCAGUGGUGUCUUCAUGUAAAGCAGGAACACCAUUAAACUUGAAAAUUUUCAAAAAAGGUGAUGAACCAGUAGCAAAAGAGGAUUCAGAGUAUCCAGAAUGGCUUUGGACCAUGAUUGACCCCAAGGUCAAUUUGGAAAAUAUCAAAAAUGAAAACUUCCUUAGAUGGAGAAGAAUUAAAUUGCAAAAGGAAAACAACAAUAUUAUAAGGAAUAACAACUUUUUGUCAAAGAUAUAA